AUACUUCGGUAAAGUAAAGUUUAAAUUCAAAAACAUAAAAAUACUAGCCAACUCGGCUUGUCCCAUCAAUGAGCCGAGUCACUUUCGAUAGAAGUGAGCCAACUCGCAUUGUGGGUUGAGUUGUACCGAAGGUGAGCAAACCGAAUGGCUCAGCUCGACCAUUUAACAUCCCUUCAUCCUUCUCAUCUUAACUCCAAAUUAAGCAUGCAUGUAUAAAAAUAAGAAAAUACUAUUUUUUAACCAUAGGAAUCUCAUGGCAUAAAAAUUAAGAUGAGUUACUAUGUUUCAGAGUCAGAAAUAGAGUUUUAUUUUAUUUUCCAAUGCAGUUCAAUAGAAUCACUCUAUAUCUUGCUAAAUUGAUUCAUAGUUCCAGAAUUUCUCACUAUUCUAUUGGUGAUAUCCUAUCAUAAAAAUCAAUUUAGGUCCAAUUAUAGGACUUUUCCUAUAUUUUAAUUUUUUAUGUAAAAUAAUAGUGAAAAAAAUUAAUUAUUUUCCAAAAAAAAUUCUCUCUACAUUUGAAAUCUCCAUUUGAACUAUUUAUGAACCAAUAAAAAAUGCUGUGAUAACCCUUUUCCCUCGCUCCUUGUUUUCAUCUAACCAAUCCCCUAAACCAAUGGAUUCCAUGGAUUCCCAAUUCUCCACCUCCAGAAUUUGCAUUCCAUUCCCAUAAACUUUCUAUUCUAUUCGAACCUCAUUUGACUCAGGAUCAAUCCCCCUUCCCAGUUGAAGCCAUGGACAUUAUCAGGGUCCUGAUGACAUGGACCUUUCUUGCAUUCUUAGUUUCACCAAACCUCGUACAGGGUAUAGGUGUGAAUUGGGGAAACCAGGCUUCACAAAAUAUGCAACCCAGCACGAUAGUUCAAAUUCUUAAGGACAACAAAAUCGAUCAGAUAAAACUGUUUGACUCAGAUCACUGGACUGUCAAAUUCUUUGCAGGAACCGGGAUUGAGGUCAUGCUUGGCAUUCCAAACAAUUACUUGGCCGAACUUGCCAAUGAUUAUGAUAAGGCCAAAGACUGGGUCCAAGAAAAUGUUACCAAGCAUUUAUAUGAUGAUGGAGUCAAGAUCAAGUAUAUUGCUGUUGGAAACGAGCCAUUCUUGAAGGCUUACAAUGGUUCAAAUUUGAAGACAACUUUCCCAGCAUUAAAGAACGUUCAGAAAGCUCUUAAUGAAGCCGGCAUUGGGGACAAAAUCAAAGUAACCACACCCCAAAAUGCAGAUGUAUAUGAAUCGGGAUCCAAUGCUCCAUCUGCUGGCAAUUUCCGUUCAGAUUUAAAAGAAAAUAUGAUCCAAAUUCUGAAGUUUUUCAAAGAAAAUAACUCACCUUUUCUUGUCAACAUAUACCCUUUUCUGAGUUUGUAUCAAAAUCCUGGUUUCCCUAUGGAUUUCGCCUUCUUUGAUGGUGGUGCUAAACCAGUUCAGGACAAGGGAAUUUCAUACACGAAUAUGUUUGAUGCAAAUUUAGAUACCCUUGUUUGGUCAUUGAGAAAAAAUGGUAUCCAAAAAAUGAAAAUCAUCGUUGGGGAGAUUGGUUGGCCAACUGAUGGACACAUCAAAGCCAAUGUCAAACUGGCUAAAAAAUUCUAUGAUGGAUUCUUCAAGAAAAUGGCAACAAAAAAAGGAACCCCUCUUUAUCCCGGAGAUAUAGAGUAUUAUCUGUUUAGUCUCACAGAUGAGAACAAAAAGAGCAUUGCUCCAGGAGAUUUUGAGCGCCACUGGGGCAUAUUCAGGUAUGAUGGACAGCCAAAGUUUCCGGUGGAUUUCACUGGCAAAGGGAACGACAAAAUGCCGGUAGGCGCAAAGGGCAUUAAGUACUUGGAAAAAAAGUGGUGCGCGUACAACAGUGACUUGAAGAACAUUAGUCUUGUUCCCGACAACCUUGGUUAUGCGUGUGCAAUGGGAGAUUGCACAGCAUUGAACUAUGGUUCUUCUUGCAAUAAAUUGGGCAGUGUACAGGCCAACAUUUCCUAUGCUUUCAAUAUGUACUUCCAGAUGCAGAAUCAGGAUGUGGAAGCUUGUAGUUUCCAGGGUUUGGCAAAAAUUGUUAAGACUAAUGCUUCCACAUCGGAAUGUCUCUUUCCAAUCGCAUUAGAGAGUGCUGGUACAAGGCUGUGGAUGCAGACAGGAAUAAGCAUUCUUGCUGGAUUGUUGGUUUCACUUGCAUUAUUUUAAGAGUCAGAAAUGGAAGUAUAUAUAUAAGCUGUUAGGAUAUUAAUCACCAUUGCCUAUGUGGUAUCAUUAGAUCUCUUAACGGUUUCUUAUAAAUUGCACUUCUUGUUACAUUAAUGCAGUGUGCAAUAUGAAGCUAUUUUCAUCAA